CAUUUCGAGAGCUAGAGAGUGAUUACAAACAUACAUAAUGCUAUCGAAUGAUCCCUAUCUAUCCUAAAUCCAAUGCCAUUGUUCAAAACUCCUUUCCCCUCAAAAUUCAAAAAACCCCCCCUCAACUCUCUCCCCUGUUCUACUCCCUCCUCUUCCUCCCACCACCACCUCCUCACAAAAAACAAUGAGCACCACCUCCUCUCCCUCCUCCACCUCCACCGACACCGGCCCGAAACAGGCCCAGCCCACCAAAUCCACGCCUACCUAAUCACCUCCUCCCUCCACCGAACGCAAAUCUCCCAAACCGGCAUCAUCAUCUGGAACACCCUCAUCAAAAUCUACUCUCGGUCUCCAUCUCCUCAACAUUCCCUCCUCCUCUACAACCAAAUGCUCCACUUCUGCGCUCCCCAAAUCUGUGUCGACACCUUCACCUUCUCCUUCCUCCUCAAAGCCUGCGCUAACUUAUCUAGCGCUCGGAUUGGAGCACAGCUUCAUUGCCUAGUAGUCAAGAACGGCUUUGCUUUCCAUCUCUAUGUGCAUACUUCUCUUGUUAACAUGUAUGCCACUCGUGGGUAUUUGAUUGAUGCCAAGAAGGCGUUUGAUGAAAUGCCUGAAAGAAGCUUGGUCACGUGGAAUGCAAUGAUAACCGGCUUUGCUUUGUCGGGUGAGAUUGAAAAGGCUAGACAGCUUUUUGAACGAAUGCCAACCCCCGACGUGGUUUCUUGGACCGGGAUGAUCGAUGGGUACACUCGAGCUAAUCAAGCAAAAGAAGCUCUGGACAUGUUUCGAAGAAUGAGCAAGAGAGCCAUAAUGCCUACGGAGAUCACAGUUCUUGCAAUCGUCCCUUCGAUCUCCAACCUUGGGUCGGUCGAGCUGGGUGAGACGCUGCAUGCUCGUUGUCAUAAAGGAGGUCUGACACUUGUAGACGUCCGCGUAGAAAACUCUCUCAUAGACAUGUACGCAAAAUGCGGGUCGAUCGAAAACUCCAAGAAACUAUUCGACACAACAUCAAAUAGAAAGAAUCUAGUAUCGUGGACAACAAUCAUUACAGCUUUCGCAACACACGGGAUGGUAAAACAGGCGCUUCAACUAUUCGAAGACAUGAAGAACGAGAAAAACAUUAGACCGAACCGUGUCACAUUUUUGAGCGUAUUGAAUGCGUGUAGUCAUGGAGGGCUAGUCGAAGAGGGUCUCCAAUAUUUUUCAAGCAUGGUGUUCGAAUACGACAUUGAGCCUGAUAUCAAGCAUUACGGUUGUUUGAUCGAUAUGUUAGGGAGAGCGGGAAGGUUGGAAGAGGCGGAGGAGACAAUAAGGGGGAUGCCGGUGGCGGUGAAUGUGGUCGUGUGGAGGACAUUGUUGGUGUUGUAUAAGUUUGGUCCGGAGGUGGAAUUGGGGAAAGAGUGAUAAGGAGGAUAAGGGAGUUUGAGGAGAAAGUAUGGAGGGGAUUUUGUGGUGUUGUCUAAUAUGUUGAAUGAGGCUGGUAGGUUUGGGGAUGCUGAGAGAGUGAGGAGGUUGAUUGAUGAGAGGCAUCUAGUUAAGGUUGCUGGGGUUAGUUCGGUUGGGGGAAAGUUGUAG